AUGAUAGAACAUGCGUACAAGCUGUUUAAUUUGACAAACGAGUUCUCUUUCGACAGUUUGAAGGAAAAAAUCAAACGAAUUGACGUGCGAGUCGACGACCUCGGUUCACAGAUCAGCAAGGUCUCACUCGGGCACAGCGGUCCAUUCUUUGCUGGAGCUUCUCGGCCAGGUCCCUUUGAUAAUGUUGAGUCUGCGGCCGAUGAGUGGUCAUCUUGGUCAAAAUGCUCCGUUACCUGUGGAAACGGCAUCAUGACUCGUCACAAAAAAUCCGACGUCCAGAAGAAAGUCUGCAAUCUCGGUUCCUGCAGCUGUUGGGGAGAAUGGAGUGCCUGGUCGCCUUGUACCAAGUCAUGUGGAACUGGAAUUACUCAAAGAACUAGAGCGAUUCUUGAGGGCAUGAGUGAAAAUGAUUGCGAUGGGAAGCCAGAAGAAGUUGCAGUUUGUGGAACGCAUAACUGCUUCGGUGAUCGAGUUAUGCUUCUUGGCGGCCGAGGAUCUUUCAUGCAACACAUGACUAUCUUCGACGCGUCAGAUAAUUCCAUCUCUACCGAUCUUAGUGCACUCCAGCGAAGCUCAUUGAGGCUCCCAAAGUUGGCGAUGCAUUGUACAGCAGCCUUGGACAACGCGGUCUUCGUUAUCGGAGGGUACUACACGCGAUAUGAUGUACGCAAAGUAAGCGGCAGUGACUGUCACAUAAGUGAUCCACUAUCUGUUCGCAGCGAAAUCGAGCUCAUGCAGCAUCAGUGCGUUGAGCACGAUGGCGAAAUCUGGAUUUGCUCCGCGUAUCACAAGCCCCAGCGAUGUGACAGCUUCGACGGCGAGCGCUUUACCAGGCGAACGGACUUAGACCACAACCACCUCAAGGGCUCCAUGGUAAGCGUCCCUGAGCGUGGAUUGGUCAUGAUUGGUGGUGCGGAGGGGUCAAGAAGAACAAGUUCAUCUGUUGAAAUCCUUCAAGAUGGAAGAUGGAGAGCGGGUCCAACCUUCCCCAAUGGCGGAAUAACUGAUUCAACAGCUUCAGUUGUAGGCGGCGACAUUCUCGUCUUUGGUGGCACCAUGGAAUCACGUGCUAGUGACAGGGUUUAUCGCCUUGCCGCUGGUAGCAGCUACUGGCAGCUGAUGGCUAAUCGCCUUAAAAUGCCUAGGAAGCAACAUCUAUCUAUAGGAAUAGGCGGAUCAGUUUACCUCUUCUUUGGAUACCGCGAAACAUAUCCCAUUGAAAAGUGGGAUGUCAUUCGAGAUGAGUCCACUGCACUGUCUGGGGAAAGCUCGGAAAUGUGGAAGAAUCGCCUAUUUGCCUCGAUUUCUCUCCUGCCCGGAGACGUGUGCCUUAACCUCAAUUAA